AUGUUUGGCUGAAAUAGUGGUUUUCAGACUUUUCACUGCUACAUAUGUUGUUUCUCUUUUUAAAUUAUGAUAGAUAAAUGAGAAGACAGAAGACUACUAUGAAAGUCUUGGUCGAGCUCUAGCUUUGUGGGACAAACUUUUUAACUUAAAAAAUGUCAUUGACGAGUGGACAGAAAAGACCCUUCAAAAAAUGGAAUUGCAUCAAUUGACUGAAGAGGACAGAGAAAGGCUGAAGGAAGAAUUACAAGUCCAUGAACAAAAAGCUUCAGAAUUUUCUCGAAGAGUGGCUGAAGUACAGUUUUUACUCCAAAGCAGUGAAAUACCUCUUGAAUUGCAGGUCAUGGAGUCCUCUAUUUUGAGCAAGAUGGAACAUGUGCAAAAGUGUUUAACAGGAGAAUCCAACAACUAUGCACUCAGUGGCAGCACUGCUGAGCUAAGGGAGGAUCUCGACCAAGCCAAGACUCAGAUUGGGAUGACUGAGUCCCUCUUAAAAGCCCUGUCUCCUUCUGACAGCUUGGAGAUCUUCACUAAACUAGAGGAGAUACAACAGCAAAUUCUGCAGCAGAAACACAGUAUGAUAUUACUUGAGAAUCAAAUAGGUUGUCUGACUCCUGAACUCUCUGAAUUGAAAAAGCAAUAUGAAAGUGUCAGUGAUUUAUUUAAUACCAAAAAAAGUGUUCUGCAAGAUCACUUUUCUAAGUUAUUGAACAAUCAAUGCAAGAAUUUUAAUGACUGGUUCAGCAACAUUAAAAUGAACCUUAAGGAGUGUUUUGAAUCAUCAGAAACAAAAAGGAGUGUGGAACAAAAGCUACAAAAACUUUCUGAUUUCUUGACUCUUGAAGGAAGAAAUAGUAAAAUACAGCAGAUGGACAGUGUUCUGAAGCAUGUGAAGAAGCAUCUGCCCAAAGCACAUGUGAAGGAGCUUAGCAAUUGGCUUGCGGGUCAGGAAUUUGAAUUAGGAAAAAUGGAGUCUAUAUGCCAGGCUCGAGCAAAGGAGCUUAAAGACUACUUGGAACACCUACUAAGACUCCAGGAUGACCACAGAAAUCUGAGUAAGUGGUUGACUAAUCAAGAAGAGAAAUGGAAAGGAAUGGAAGAAUCAGGAGAGAAAACUGAGCUGUUCUGCCAUGCUUUAGCUAGAAAGAGGGAACAGUUUGAAUCUGUGGCCCAGUUGAACAACUCUUUGAAGGAAUAUGGGUUUACUGAAGAAGAAGAAAUAAUAAUGGAAUCAACAUGUUUGAUGGAUAGAUACCAAACAUUAUUGAGACAACUAAGUGAAAUUGAGGAAGAGGAUAAGUUACCACCCACGGAAGACCAGAGCUUUAAUGAUCUUGCACAUGAUGUAAUUCAUUGGAUAAAAGAGAUUAAAGAGUCCCUUAUGGUUUUGAAUUCAUCCGAAGGCAAAAUGCCACUUGAGGAAAGAAUCCAAAAAAUCAAGGAAAUAAUUUUGCUGAAGCCUGAAGGGGAUGCCAGAAUAGAGACCAUCAUGAAGCAGGCAGAGAGCAGUGAGGCCCCGCUGGUUCAGAAGACCCUCGCUGAUAUCAGCAAGCAGUGGGACAACACUCUCCAUUUAGCUAGCACCUACCUAAGCCAUCAAGAAAAGCUUCUACUAGAAGGAGAGAAAUAUUUACAAAGUAAGGAGGAUCUGAGAUUGAUGCUCACAGAACUAAAGAAGAAACAGGAAGCAGGCUUUGCUCUACAACAUGGGCUGAAGGAGAAGAAAGCUCAGUUAAAGAUUUAUAAGAAAUUCCUCAAGAAAGCGCAAGAUUUGACAUCCUUGCUAAAGGAGUUAAAAUCUCAAGGUAAUUACCUCUUGGAGUGCACUAAAAAUCCCAGCUUCAGCGAAGAGCCUUGGCUGGAAAUAAAGCAUCUACACGAAAGUCUUCUUCAACAACUGCAGGAUUCUGUGCAAAACUUGGAAGGUCAUGUACGAGAACACGAUUCAUACCAGGUUUGCGUCACAGACCUGAAUACCACACUGGACAAUUUCUCCAAGGAAUUUAACAGUUUUUCUGAUAAGCCUGUGGAUCAAAUAGCAGUUGAGGAAAAAUUGCAGAAACUGCAGGAACUAGAGAAUAGACUCAGUUUACAAGAUGGCACAUUAAAGAAGAUUGUAGCUUUAGCAAAAUCCAUCAAGCAAAAUACAUCUUCAGUGGGGCAGAAGAUUAUUAAGGACGAUAUAAAAUCACUUAAGUAUAAACAAAAAGACUUGGAAAACAGACUUGAAUCUGCUAAGCAGGAGAUGGAAUAUUGUCUCAACAGCAUUCUUAAAUCAAAAUGCUCAUCAGAAAAGAAAGAAAAGUUUACUCUGCCAGGCAGAGAGAAGCAGGCCACUUCUGAUGCGCAGGAGUCUACUCAGGAAUCAGCUGCAAUGGAAAAGUUGGAGGAAGACUGGGAAAUAAACAAGGAUUCAGCUGUGGAAAUGGUUAUGUCAAAACAACUUUCUCUCAGUGUUCAAGAAAGCAUGAAAAACACUGAAGAUGAGCAGAAAGUCAAUGAGCUGCAAAAUCAACCUUUAGAAUUAGAUAUUAUGUUAAGAAAUGAACAAUUAGAAGAAAUAAAGGAAUUAUAUACCCAGUUGGAAGCAAAGAAAGCAGCCCUUGAGCCACUGGAACAAACGGAAUGUCUCAGCAAAACAGAAACUGGGGCCUUGAGUCUCCACAAUGCAGGAUAUUCAGCACAGCACUUGGACAAUUUGCUUCAGGCACUUAUUACUUUGAAGAAAAACAAAGAAAGCCAAUAUUGUCUCCUCAGAGAUUUUCAGGAACACCUUGCUGCAGUUGAAUCCUCAAUGAAAGCCUUGUUGACAGACAAGGAAAGCCUAAAAGUAGGACCACUGGACAGUGUAACAUAUCUGGACAAAAUUAAAAAAUUCAUAGCAUCUGUAGAAAAAGAAAAAGAUUCUUUAGGUAACUUGAAAAUCAAAUGGGAGAAUUUAUCAAACCAUGUGACUGACAUGGAUAAGAAAUUGUUGGAAAAACAGAUUAAGCAACUUGAACAUGGUUGGGAACAAGUGGAACAACAGAUUCAAAAGAAGUAUUCUCAGCAGGUAGUGGAAUAUGGCGAGUUUACAUCUCUCAUGAGUAAGAUACGGGACACUGAGAUUUCUCUACAACAACAGCAGCAGCAUCUACAGUUAAGGCUGAAGUCUCCAGAAGAACAGGCAGGGAACCAAAGCAUGAUUGCCUUGACCACUGACCUCCAGGCUGCCAAGCAUGGAUUUUCUAUUUUAAAGGGACAAGCUGAAUUUCAGAUGAAGAGGAUAUGGGGAGAAAAAGAAAAGAAGAUUUUGGAGGAUGAAAUAAAUAACUUGAAGAAACAAUGGGAAACAUUGGAGCCGUUAAACUUAAAAGCAGAAAAUCAGAUUAAGAAGUGUGACGUAAGGAACAAGAUGAAGGAGACCAUCUUAUGGGCCAAGAAUUUGUUGGGUGAACUUAUUCCCUCCAUUUCCCUUCUGCCAGAUGACAUUCUUUCACAGAUCAGAAAAUGCAAAGUGACACAUGAUGGCAUUCUAAAUAGGCAGCAGGCUGUGGAAUUGUUGGCUGAAGAGGUCAAAGAUAAGGUUCCUAGCCUUACAACCUGUGAGAGCAGUGAUUUAAAUAAUACCCUAGAGGACUUACGGAAUCAAUACCAAAUGCUGGUCUUAAAAUCAACUCAAAGAUCACAGCAGUUAGAAUUUAAGUUGGAAGAAAGAAGUAAUUUUUUUGCGAUAAUAAGGAAGUUUCAACUUAUGGCUCAAGAAAGUGAAACACUGAUAACUCCCAAGGUGGAGGCAACUACCACAGAAGCUGAACUAAAACAUCACCAUGUUACUUUGAAGGCAUCUCAGAAGGAAUUGCAAGAAAUUGACAAUGUAAUCUCAACAUAUCUUCAGGAACUAACAAACAUCUCUGAGGAACUAAAUGUGUUUGAAAGAUUAUUUCUGGAUGAUCAAUUGAAAAAUCUUAAGAAUAGGACCAACAGAACACAAAGAUUCAUUCAGAAUAAAUGUAAUGAAGUAGAAUACAAGGUAAAUUUUUGCAGAGAAUUCCAUGAAAAAACAUUAGCGCUUCAGGAGGAGGUUGACAGUAUACAGCACAAUGAACUACUACUUAAUCAAGAAGUAAAUACAGGUGUUAAAGAGGAGAUCUAUAAUCUUAAAGACAGACUCACUGCUAUUAAGUGUAGCAUCUUACAGGUAUUGAAACUUAAAAAAGUGUUUGACUUUAUUGGACUAAACUGGGAUUUUUCACAACUUGACCAAUUACAGACCCAAGUAUUUGAAAAAGAAAAGGAACUUGAAGAAAAAAUCAAGCAGUUGGACACAUUUGAGGAAGAGCAUGGCAAAUAUCAGGCAUUGCUAAGUGAAAUGAGAGCUACUGAUUUGCAAAUUAAGAAAAUGACUGAAGUAGUACUAAAAGCUCCUCAUAGCUCUCCAGAAAGCAGACUGCUCAAUGCACAAAUUUUAAGUCAGAGAAUUGAGAAAGCCAAGUGCUUAUGUGAAGAGAUAAUAAAGAAAUUAAAUGAUAAUAUGGCCUUUGAUGACUCAUUCAAAGAGAAAGAAAUACUACAAAUAAAGCUGAAUGCAGAAGAAAAUGAUAAGUUAUACAGAGUUCUCCAAAACAUGGUAUUAAAUCUCCCACGAAAAGAAAUGGAUGAAAAGAAUUUUCAGGACAAACUAGAAACUUCCUUUCAUGUUUUAAAUCAGAUAAAAUCUCAAUUACAGCAGCCUUUACUUAUAAAUUUGGAAAUUAAACAUAUUCAAAAUGAAAAGGACAAUUGUAAAGCAUUUCAGGAGCAAGUUUGGGCAGAAGUGUGUAGUAUUAGAGCUGUGACUGCUAUUGAGAAGCAAAGAGAAGAAAACUCUUCAGAAGCGAGUGACGUGGAGACAAAACUACGUGACUUUGAAGAUCUUCAGAUGCAGCUUACCACAAGUGUUGAUUUGCGCAUAAAAGACUUGGAUGAUGCUUAUGAAAAUCUAACACGCUAUAAAGCAGCAGUCACCAGGGCAGUAGAGAGCAUCACUUCCCUUGAAGCCAUUGUUGUACACUACAGAAUAGACAUUGGUAAUCCAGAAGAAUCUCUAGAGAUGCCUCUUCGAAAACAAGAGGAAUUGGAAUCCACAAUAGCAGACAUCCAGGACCUCACUGAGAAACUGGGAAUGAUAUCCAGCCCCGAAGCCAAAUUAGAACUUCAGUGUACUUUACAGGAACUGGUUUCUAAGAACUCAGCAAUGAAGGAAGCUCUCAAAGUACAGGAAACUGAGGCAGAAAGGUAUCUUGAGAAUUACAAAUGCUAUAGAAAAAUUGAAGAGGAUAUUUGCACUAACCUCAGCAAAAUAGAGACAGUUCUUGGGCAGUCCAUGUCCUCAUUGCCACUGUCUUACAGAGAAGCUUUAGAGCACUUGGAACAGAGCAAGGCCUUGGUAUCAAAUCUUGUAUCAACCAAAGAAGAGUUAAUGAAACUACGACAGAUCCUUAGACUCUUGAGACUCAGGUGCACAGAAAAUGAUGGCAUAUGUUUGCUCAAGAUCGUGUCGGCUCUGUGGGAGAAAUGGCUGAGUUUGCUGGAGGCCGCUAAAGAGUGGGAGAUGUGGUGCGAAGAACUGAAGCAGGAGUGGAAAUUUGUCAAUGAAGAAAUUGAACGAGAAGCAAUUAUUUUAGAUAAUCUUCAGGAAGAACUCCCUGAAAUUUCCAAAACGAAAGAGGCAGCCACCGCAGAAGAACUCUCUGAGCUGCUAGACUGUUUAUGCCAAUAUGGAGAGAACGUGGAGAAGCAGCAGCUGUUACUGACUCUACUUCUUCAGCGCAUCAGAAGUAUCCAGAAUGUUCCUGAAGGCUCAGGGGCUAUGGAAACUGUUCCGGCAUUUCAAGAAAUUACUUCUAUGCAAGAACGAUGCAACAAGCUUCUUCAGAAAGCUCAAAAAAAUAAGGAAUUGAUACAGACUGAAAUCCAAGAAAGACAUUCCUUUACAAAAGAGAUCAUUGCUUUGAAGAAUUUAUUUCAACAGACCACAACUUCUUUCCAAAAUAUGGCAUUCCAGGACCACCCAGAAAAGGCAGAACAACUUGAGGAGCUUCAAAGCAUCCUUAAGAAAGGGAAGCUAACUUUUGAGAAUAUUAUGGAAAAACUGCGAAUCAAGUAUUCUGAAAUGUACACCAUAGUCCCUGCAGAGAUUGAAUCCCAGGUGGAAGAAUGCAGAAAAGCUCUAGAAGACAUAGAUGAGAAGAUUAGCAAUGAAGUCUUAAAAAGCUCACCAUCAUAUGCAAUGAGAAGAAAAAUAGAAGAAAUUAACAAUGGGCUACAUAAUGUUGAAAAGAUGUUGCAGCAGAAAAGCAAAAAUAUUGAGAAAGCACAAGAAAUUCAAAAGAAAAUGUGGGACGAGCUAGAUCUCUGGCAUUCCAAGUUAAAUGAGCUGGAUUCUGAAGUUCAGGACAUUGUUGAACAGGACCCUGGACAGGCUCAAGAAUGGAUGGAUAACUUGAUGAUUCCUUUUCAGCAGUAUCAGCAAGUAUCACAGAGAGCAGAGUCUAGAACCUCACAGUUGAAUAAGGCCACAGUUAAGAUGGAGGAAUAUAGUGACCUUCUGAAGAACACUGAGGCUUGGAUAGAAAAUACCAGUCGUUUGCUGGCCAAUCCUGCUGACUACGACUCUUCAAAGACACUGAGUCACCAUGCUAGCACUCUGCAGAUGGCUUUGGAAGAUGCAGAACAGAAGCACAAUCUUUUACAUUCAAUCUUAAUGGAUCUAGAAGACCUAUCAAUAAUUGUUGAAACAGAUGAAUUAACACAAUCCAUACAAGAGUUAAGUAAUCAAGUAACAGCUUUACAAGAAAAAAUAAUGGAAAACCUUCCACAGAUUCAGCAAAUGGCUGAUGAUGUGGUUGCUAUUGAAUCUGAAGUAAAAUCAAUGGAAAAAAGAGUUUCAAAAAUCAAAACUAUCCUAUUAUCAAAAGAAAUACUUGAUUUUUCUCCUGAAGAACAUCUUAAACAUGGGGAGGUCAUACUUGAAAACAUAUGCCCCAUGAAGAAAACCAUUGCUGAGAUAGUGUCUUACCAGGUGGGACUGAGGUUACCCCAGACAGGAAUGAAACCUCUGCCUGUGUUUCAGCGGACAAAUCAGCUUUUACAAGAUAUAAAACUAUUGGAAAAUGUGACUCAAGAACAGAAUGAGUUAUUAAAGGUAGUCAUAAAACAGAUCAAUGAAUGUGAUGAAGAAAUAGAAAAUUUGAAACAGAUCUUAAAUAAUCAUUCAGCUCAGUUAUCCUUUGAACAUAUGUCACCAGACCAAGCUGCCAAGCUGCCACAGCUACAGGAAGAAAUCGAAGGUAUGGAAAAACAGAUUCUGAGUUUGAACCAGAAAAAAGAAGAUCUGUUGGUGGACUUGAAGGCCACCGUACUAAACCUACACCAGCAUUUGAAGCAAGAACAAGAAAAAGUAGAAAGAGAUGUGCUGCCAGCUGUAGCAUCAGAGGAGGGCAGAGUGGCGGAGAGGGAUGCUUCUGAGUGGAAGUUGAACAGAAGAGGCUCCAUGUCUUACCUGGCAGCAGUCGAGGAAGAGGCGGAAGAAAGUUCUGUGAAGAGCCAAAAUGGAGAUGAGAAGGCAGAGCCACCUCCUCAGUCUUGGUCUUCAUUCUGGAAGCAUGACAAGGACGUGGAGGAAGACAGAGCUUCCUCAUCCUCUGGAACGAUUGUUCAGGAAGCAUGUGGGAAAAUAAGCACCUGUGAUAAUUCCAUGGCACAAAUCCUUGCACCAGACUCACCAAACACCGAGCAAGGCUCAGAAUGUUCCCUAAGGACCAACCAAACAGAAGAGGGCACCACACCUCCUAUCAAGGUUGCCAGUCUGGACUCUUCUGACACGCAAGGAGGUUUAGAGCCCAGGGUGGAGAAAACUAGGCCGGAGCCUGCGGAAGUCCUGCAUGCCUGCAAGACCCAGGUGGCCGAGCUGGAGCUGUGGCUACAACAAGCCAACGUGGCAUUUGAGCCGGAAACAUUAAACACAGACAUGCAGCAGGUGGUGGAACAGCAGCUGGUUGGGUGCCAGGCUAUGCUAACAGAGAUUGAGCACAAGGUUGCCUUUCUGUUAGAGGCUUGCAAAGAUCAGGGCCUGGGAGAUAAUGGAGCCACUCAAUAUGAGGCUGAAGCACUUGCCCUGAAACUGAAAACAGUGAAGUGCAAUUUAGAAAAAGUCCAGAUGAUGCUUCAAGAGAAGCACAGUGAAGAUCAGCAGCCUACCAUUCUAAAGAAACGCUCAGAGCUAGAGCAUCAAAAAGUUCGUCAACCAGUUAACCUUUCUGAAUUGGAAUCCACAGUAACUGAAAGGCCACAAUUCAGCAGACAAAAAGAUUUCCAGCAGCAACAGUUACACGUUCUGGAGUUAAAACCAAUGGAACAGAAAGAUUUCAUCAAAUUCAUAGAAUUUAAUGCUAAGAAAAUGUGGCCCCAGUAUUGCCAACAUGAUAAAGCUACAACUCAGGAAUCAUCUGCAAGCAACCAGGCAUCCAGCCCUGAAAAUGACGUUCCAGACUUGAUCUUGUCACCCCAGGGCCAAAAUGGAGAUAAAUGGCAAUAUCUGCAUCAUGAACUCUCAUCAAAAAUAAAGCUCCCACUCCCUCAGCUUGUGGAGCCCCAGGUUUCCACAAAUAUGAGUAUCCUACCCAGUGUGAGUAUGUAUAACUUUAGAUACCCAACAACUGAAGAACUGAAAACCUAUACAACCCAACUUGAAGACCUGCGCCAAGAAGCAAGUAGCCUUCAGACACAGGAAAAUAUGACAGAAGAAACGUAUGUCAAUUUAGAUAAAAAAUUGUUUGAACUAUUCCUGACCCUCAGUCAGUGCCUCAGCAGUGUGGAGGAGAUGCUGCAGAUGGCCGGGCUUUACCGGGAGGAUGGUUCUGCCCAGCAGGUGCACUAUGAGACGUUGGCUCUUGAGUUGAAGAAACUUUAUUUAGCGCUGAGUGACAAGAAGGAUGAUCUUUUGAAAGCCAUGACUUGGCCUGGCAGGAACACCAACUUGCUCCUUGAAUGUUUUGACAACCUUCAAGUCUGCCUGGAGCACACUCAGGCUGCUGCUGCCUCUAGAAGCAAGUCCCUGAAAGCUGGCCUCGACUACAACCGCAGUUUCCAGAAUGAAAUAAAGAGAUUAUAUGAUCAGCUCAUUAAGAGUAAGACAUCUUUACAACAGUCUUUGAAUGAAAUCAGUGGCCAGAGUGUGGCUGAACAGCUUCAGAAAGCAGAUGCACAUACAGUGGAGCUGGAGAUCUCUGAGACCCGAGUGGCCAAACUAAGAGAUGAAGGGGAGAGGCUUCAUUUACCUUACGUUUUACUCCAGGAGGUUUACAAAUUAGAGGAUAUACUUGACAGUAUGUGGGGAAUCCUAAGAGCCAGGUACGCAGAACUCAGCGGCCCUUUCGUCACUGAGAGCCAGCAGGAUGCUUUGUUGCAAGGUGUGGUGGAACUGGUGAAGAUUGGGAAGGAAAAGCUUGCUUGUGACCACUUAAAACAAACCAAAAGCAAAGUGGCAUUACAGGCUCAAAUAGAAAAUCACAAGGUUUUUUUCCAGAAGCUUGUUGCUGACAUGUUGUUGAUCCAAGCAUACUCUGCCAAAAUACUUCCUUCUUUAUUGCAAAAGAGAGAGACAUUUUGGGCAGAACAAGUAACAGAAGUUAAAAUACUAGAAGAAAAGUCACGCCAAUGUGGUAUGAAGCUGCAGAGUUUGUUGCAGAAAUGGGAAGAAUUUGAUGAAAACUAUGCAUCUCUUGAAAAGGACCUGGAGAUUCUUCUGUCUACAUUGCCCUCUGUGAGUUUGGUGGAAGAAACUGAGGAAAGAUUAGUGGAAAGGAUUUCAUUUUACCAGCAAAUAAAGAGAAACAUUGGUGGAAAACACGCUCGGCUUUACCAAACUCUGCACGAAGGCAAACAAUUGGUGGCAUCUGUGAGCUGUCCUGAAUUAGAGGGCCAGAUCGCAAAACUGGAAGAGCAGUGGUUGUCCCUGAACAAGAAAAUUGACCAUGAGCUCCACAGGCUGCAAACACUUGUCAAGCACCUGCUCAGUUAUAACAGAGAUUCGGAUCAGUUAACCAAGUGGUUGGAAUCUUCCCAGCAUACUCUGAAUUACUGGAAAGAACAGUCCCUCAAUGUGUCUCAGGACUUGGAUACAAUCAGAAGCAACAUCAACAAUUUUUUUGAGUUUUCAAAAGAAGUUGAUGAAAAGUCCUCCUUGAAGACUGCCGUUAUAAGUACCGGGAACCAGCUUCUUCACCUGAAAGAAACUGAUACAGCUACGCUGAGAGCUUCUUUAGCACAGUUUGAACAGAAAUGGACAAUGCUCAUAACUCAACUUCCAGAUAUUCAGGAAAAACUUCACCAGCUUCAAAUGGAGAAAUUGCCAUCUCGUAAAGCAAUCACAGAAAUGAUUAGCUGGAUGAACAAUGUGGAGCAUCAAACUUCAGAUGAAGACUCCAUGCAUUCACCAAGUUCUGCAUCUCAAGUUAAACAUCUUCUUCAGAAGCACAAGGAGUUUAGAAUGGAAAUGGACUAUAAACAGUGGAUAGUUGACUUUGUUAACCAGUCAUUACUUCAGCUAAGCACCUGUGAUGUGGAAAGCAAGCGCUAUGAAAGAACGGAGUUUGCAGAGCACCUGGGGGAGAUGAACCGCCAGUGGCACCGUGUACAUGGAAUGCUGAAUAGAAAGAUACAACAUUUAGAACAACUUCUGGAAAGUAUCACUGAGAGUGAAACUAAAAUACAAAUUUUGAACAACUGGAUGGAAGCACAAGAAGAGAGACUGAAAACUUUACAAAAACCUGAAAGUGUGAUUUCAGUGCAGAAGCUGCUCCUGGACUGUCAGGAUAUAGAAAAUCAACUUGCAAUUAAAUCCAAAGCACUGGAUGAGUUGAAACAAAGUUAUCUGACUUUGGAGAGUGGGGAAAUGCCAUUGUUAGAAGAUACAGCAUCCCGAAUUGAUGGGUUAUUUCAAAAGAGGAGCAGUGUCAUCACUCAGGUCAAUCAGCUCAAAAUUUCCAUGCAGUCAGUUUUACAGGAGUGGAAGAUUUAUGAUCAACUCUAUGAUGAAGUGAAUAUGGUGACAAUCCGAUUCUGGUACUGCAUGGAACACAGCAAGCCUGCGGUGUUAUCAUUGGAGGCCUUGAAAUGCCAGGUGGAGAACCUUCAGUCUUUGCAAGAUGAAGCUGAGAGCAGUGAAGGGAGUUGGGAGAAACUCCAGGAGGUUAUUGGCAAACUCAAAGGUCUCUGCCCCUCAGUUGCUGAAAUAAUCGAAGAGAAAUGUCAAGAUACUCAUAAAAGGUGGACUCAGGUGAACCAAGCCAUUGCAGACCAGUUGCAGAAGGCCCAGAGUCUGCGCCAGCUCUGGAAGGCCUAUAGCAGUGCUCAUGCUGAAGCUGCCGCGAGGCUGAAGCAGCAGGAAGCAAAGUUUCAACAGCUCGCAAACAUCAGCAUGUCUGGAAACAACCUAGCAGAGAUCCUGCCUCCAGCCCUGCAGGACAUAAAGGAGCUGCAGCAUGAUGUGCAGAAGACAAAAGAAGCCUUUCUCCAAAAUUCCACUGUCCUGGAUCGACUCCCACAACCUGCAGAGUCCAGCACUCACAUGCUCCUCCCGGGUCCCCUGCACUCCCUCCAGAGGGCUGCUUAUUUGGAAAAGAUGCUGCUUGUGAAAGCAAAUGAAUUUGAGUUUGUUCUCUCACAGUUUAAGGAUUUUAGAGACCAGCUGGAAUCUUUAAAAGGUCUUCUUAUGCAUGAAGAAGAGAAUUUGGAUAGACUUCACCAACAAGAAAAAGAAAAUCCUGACUCAUUCCUGAAACAUGUGCUGGCACUGACAGCCCAGUCACCUGAUAUUGAACAUUUGAAUGAAGUAAGCCUCAAGCUCCCACUUAGUGACAUAGCUGUGAAGACGUUACAGAACAUGAACCGGCAGUGGAUUCGGGCCACGGCCACGGCACUGGAGCGCUGCAGUGAGCUUCAGGGAAUUGGAUUGAAUGAAAAGUUUCUUUAUUGCUGUGAAAAGUGGACCCAACUUUUGGAGAAGAUAGAGGAGGCACUCAAAGUGGAUGUGGCUAACAGCCUUCCGGAGCUUCUGGAGCAGCAGAAAACCUAUGAGAUGUUAGAAGCUGAAGUUUCUAUAAACCAGACAAUUGCUGAUUCCUAUGUAACCCAGUCCUUACAACUCCUGGACUCAGCAGAAAUAGAGAACAGACCUGAAUUUAUUUCAGAAUUCUCAAAGCUGACAGAUCGGUGGCACAAUGCCGUCCAGGAUGUUCGGCAGAGGAAGAGUGACAUCGAUGGGCUGGUGAGGCAGUGGCAGGAUUUCACUACUUCUGUGGAGGACUUGCUCCGCUUCCUUACUGACACCAGCUACCUGCUAUCUGCAGUGAAGGGCCAGGAGCACUUCAGCCUCUACCAAACCAGAUGUCUGAUCCAUGAGCUGAAGAAUAAAAAAAUUCAUUUUCAAAGAUGGCGAACCACCUAUGCACUAACCUUGGAAGCUGGAGAAAAGUUACUGCUUACAACUAACCUGGAAACUAAAGAGUCUGUGGGUAGGAGAAUCAGUCAACUUCAGGACAACUGGAAUGACACAGAGCCCCCACUGGCAGAGAUGAUUCAGCAGUUCCAGAGCACUGUAGAGACCUGGGACCAGUGUGAAAAGAAAAUCAAGGAGUUGAAAAGCAGGCUGCAAGUUUUAAAGGCACACAGUGAAGAUCCUCUUCCAGAGCUUCACGAGGACCUCCGUAACGAAAAAGAGCUGAUUAAGGAACUAGAAAAGUCUUUGGCUAGCUGGACUCAGAACUUGAAAGAACUUCAAACUAUGAAGACGGACUUAACCCGGCACGUUCUCGUGGAAGACGUGAUGGUUUUGAAGGAGCAAAUAGAGCAUUUGCACAAACAAUGGGAGGACCUCUGCUUUAGGGUGGCUAUACGUAAACAGGAGAUUGAAGACAGACUCAAUUCGUGGAUUGUAUUCAAUGAAAAAAAUAAAGAGUUGUGUGCCUGGCUGGUGCAGAUGGAAAACAAGGUUCUACAGACAGCAGAUAUUAGUAUCGAAGAAAUGAUUGAAAAGUUACAGAAGGACUGCAUGGAAGAAAUAAACUUGUUUAGUGAAAACAAGUUACAGUUAAAGCAGAUGGGUGACCAGUUGAUCAAGGCCAGCAACAAAUCGAGAGCAGCUGAGAUCGAUGACAAGCUCAACAAAGUUAACGAUCGUUGGCAACAUCUUUUUGAUGUCAUCGGAUCAAGGGUGAAGAAGCUGAAGGAGACCUUUGCUUUUAUUCAGCAGUUGGACAAAAACAUGAGCAACCUUCGUACCUGGUUGGCUCGAAUUGAGUCUGAGCUUUCCAAGCCUGUUGUUUAUGAUGUCUGCAAUGAUCAAGAGAUCCAGAAGAGGCUCGCUGAGCAGCAGGAUCUGCAGCGAGAUAUUGAACAACACAGUGCCGGGGUGGAAUCCGUGUUUAACAUCUGUGACGUCCUCCUGCAUGACUCCGACGCCUGUGCAAAUGAGACUGAGUGCGACUCGAUCCAGCAGACCACCAGGAGCCUGGACAGACGCUGGAGGAACAUCUGUGCCAUGUCCAUGGAGCGGCGCAUGAAAAUCGAGGAGACGUGGCGUCUGUGGCAGAAGUUUUUAGAUGACUAUUCCCGCUUUGAGGACUGGCUCAAGUCUGCCGAGAGGACGGCAGCUUGCCCAAAUUCCUCAGAGGUGUUGUACACGAGUGCCAAGGAGGAACUGAAGAGGUUCGAGGCCUUCCAGCGGCAGAUCCACGAGCGGCUCACUCAGCUGGAGCUCAUCAACAAGCAGUACCGGCGGCUGGCCCGGGAGAACCGCACGGACACGGCCAGCAGGCUGAAGCAGAUGGUCCACGAGGGCAACCAGCGCUGGGACAACCUCCAGAGGCGGGUCACGGCCGUCCUGCGGAGACUCAGGCAUUUCACCAACCAGAGGGAAGAAUUCGAGGGUACCAGGGAGAGCAUUCUGGUUUGGCUCACAGAGAUGGACCUGCAGCUGACCAAUGUGGAGCACUUCUCAGAGAGCGAUGCUGAUGACAAGAUGCGCCAGCUGAAUGGCUUCCAACAGGAGAUUACAUUAAAUACCAACAAAAUUGAUCAGCUCAUUGUGUUUGGGGAGCAGCUGAUUCAGAAGAGCGAGCCCCUGGAUGCCGUGCUGAUCGAGGAUGAGCUGGAGGAGCUCCACCGCUACUGCCAGGAGGUGUUUGGAAGGGUCUCCCGGUUCCACCGGCGGCUCACCUCCCGCGCUCCGGGCUUGGAAGAUGAAAAGGAGGCCUCUGAGAAUGAAACAGACAUGGAAGACCCCAGAGAGAUCCAGACUGAUUCUUGGCGUAAAAGGGGGGAGAGCGAGGAACCCUCAUCUCCUCAGUCCCUGUGUCAUCUAGUGCCCCCGGCCCCGGGCCACGAGCGGUCAGGCUGUGAAACCCCUGUCAGCGUGGACUCCAUCCCCCUGGAGUGGGACCACACAGGCGACGUGGGGGGCUCCUCCUCUCAUGAAGAGGACGAAGAGGGUCCAUACUACAGCGCACUGUCAGAUGUAGAAAUCCCUGAAAAUCCUGAGGCAUAUCUUAAAAUGACCACAAAAACUUUGAAAGCGUCUUCUGGUAAAUCCAUUUCGGAUGGCCACUCAUGGCAUGUUCCCGACAGCCCUUCCUCUCCCAAGCAUCACUACAAGCAAACGGAAGGUGAUGGGAACGUUCCACCUGUUCCUGCCGAGUCCAGCACCGCUUAUAACCCACCCUAUGGAAAGCUGCUAUUACCUCCAGGCACAGAUGGUGGCAAAGAAGACCCACGAGUCUUGAAUGGCAGCCCACAGCCGGGAGACGGGAGACUGGCCGGUAUCACAGCACAGCAGUCAGGUGCCUUUGACAGAUGGGAACUGAUUCAAGCACAAGAGCUUCACAAUAAGCUGAAAAUAAAACAAAACUUGCAACAGCUGAACUCUGAUAUCAGCGCCAUCACCACUUGGCUGAAAAAAACUAAAGCAGAGCUAGAAAUGUUAAAGAUGGCAAAGCCUCCCUCUGAUAUCCGGGAAAUAGAACUCAGAGUGAAGAGACUGAAGGAGAUAUUGAAAGCCUUUGAUACCUACAAGGCAUUAGUAGUCUCUGUCAACAUGAGCAGCAAGGAAUUUCUGCAAACCGAGAGCGCCGAAUCCACAGAGCUCCAAAGUAGACUCCGCCAGCUGAGCCUGCUCUGGGAAGCAACACAGGGCAUGGUGGACAGCUGCAGAGGGGGCUUAAGACAGUCACUCAUGCAGUGCCAGGACUUCCACCAUUUGAGUCAAAAUCUGCUGCUGUGGUUAGCAAGUGCCGAGAACCGGAGGCAGAAGGCUCAUGUCACCCAUCCGAAGGCAGAUCCCCAGGCUCUCCUGGAGUGUCAGAGGGAAUUAAUGCAACUGGAAAAGGAGCUGGUAGAAUGUCAACCUCAAGUGGACUUGUUACAGGAGAUUUCAAACAGCCUUCUCAUUAAGGGACAUGGAGAAGAAUAUAUUGAAGCUGAAGAAAAGGUCCAUGUUAUCGAGAAGAAACUCAAACAGUUACGGGAGCAAGUGUCCCAAGACUUAAUGUCCUUACAGGGAACCCAGAACCCAGACUCACCCCCGCCUGGCUUCGAUGAGGUAGACUCAGGAGACCAGCCUCUCUCGGCAUCUGUGCCAGCUCCCCGAGCAAAGCAGUUCAGAGGAGAGAGAACAGCAGAAGGCGAGGAGGAGACAGAGAGCAGGGUCGCCGGCAGCACACGGCCACAGCGCUCCUUCCUCUCACGGGUGAUCCGGGCAGCCCUGCCCCUGCAGCUGCUCCUCCUGCUGCUGCUGCUCCUGGCCUGCCUGCUGCCCUCCUCCGAAGAAGACUACAGCUGCACUCAGGCCAACAACUUUGCCAGGUCCUUUUACCCCAUGCUGAGGUACACCAACGGGCCACCCCCCACAUAGAGGGAGUGGCUGGCUGCAGCGCCACACCACCCGCCUGAUGGCUAAGGGUGCCCAGCAUGUGGCCCCGGACCAAUCUGUGCGUGACUCUCAGUGUUGGCAAGGUCCAGGGACCUGUGCAGACACCUUCUUCUGGGCUCGCCCGGCAUGGGCUCUCUGGAGCCCGGGGCAGCUUUCAAAUUAUAUUCCUCCCCAGGGGCAGGGAACCUGUGUGGCAGUUGCCCCGGGUAUUCUGGCAAAGCUAGUUGGUUUAGGGAUCUCUGGAAAUGUCAGUUUCCUGAAGAGCCAAGCACUUUGUGAAUUCUGAUUUAUUUGUAAAAUAGCAUUAUUAUAAGGUAGGUAAUAUGAUCAAUGAGCAGUGGUGUCCAUGGUGUAUAUUAUAGAAGCAAGUGAGCACAUUCCACCCUAGAAAUGCUUCAGAAACUCAUAGGCACCCUUAGCUAAUGAAAACAAUCAUGUUCAGUACAUUUAGAAUCAGUUUUACUCUGAUCAACUGGCAAUUUUGAGCCACAGGUUAUACACCAAAAUGUUCUGUUAAGUACCUAGCUCUGCUCUUCUAUAUUGGUUUACAUUUUUAAAGAAAUUAUAUUGCAUGGAUGUGGUUAUUUGUGCAUAUUUUUUAACAAUGCCGAAUCUGUAUGAAUAAUGUAAACUUUGAUUUUUUUAAAAAAAAUCAGAUUUUAGCUGGAGCUUUUGACUAAUGUACAGUAAAUGCCAAACUGCUGACUUGAUAGAGAUGUUUUUGUAAGUUAAUUUUCUAAGACUUUUUCACAUCCAGAGUGACACUUUGGGUUUUAACUGUUUGGCCAUGGGGGGUUGGGGGGCGGCUCAGGAACUUGAAGCUGUUUGUGGUAUGUACAACUCAGAUGUUUCUCAUUAAAAAGACAAAAUUAGCCAGA